AUGGGAUCAAACAAUCCUCAUUGGUUGUUCAACAAUGAAUGCCACAUUGAUAGACUGUCAACAGAGUUGGAAGCAAUCGAUGAUCCUUCAAAGAGAUUGAUUGAAUCACUCAACACAUUCAAUGCUCUCAGGACAGAGUGUUAUGACAUGACCAACAAGCUGUCAGAUUGUCACAAAGCAUUUGGUGAUGUGGUGGGCACAUCGAAAUCAUUCGAUUGGUACAUCAAUGACAACUCAAACAUCAAGAUUGUAAUGGCUGGUCCAACUCACUCUGGAAAGUCAACAUUGAUCAACACGUUACUGUCAUGUCAACUGAUGCCAUCAGGUGGCGGUCACACAUCAGGAAGGAUAUGCAUUCUGGCUCACUCGACAACGAUCAGAAUCAAGUUCUUCAAAGUGAUGCCACACCAAGAUCAGGACAAUCCCAGCAGGUUAGAGUGUAUCGAUGAUGAGACAAUCACAAUUGAGUCUCAAAGACAACUACAGACCACCUUGAAACAACAUCUAUCAAGGCCAGCAGGAAUCGACGACAAUGAAGCAGACCCAUUGGCAUUCAAAGAGUGGGCCAGCAAGAUUGUGAGAGUCGAGUUCCCAUCAGCAUUGCUCCAAACUGGAUUGGAGAUCAUCGAUGUUCCAGGCUUCAGCAUCUCUGACCAUGCAUCAUUGUUCAGCAUCCGCAAACAGUUCUUCAAUGUCUACCCACCAACUGGUGUCAUAUUUUGUUACGACAACACAGCAUUCUCUGAUGGUGAAGUGUUGGCCAUGCCUGAUCUCACUCACUCAUUACCAAGCGAUCACAAUGAUUCAAUGUUCUUUGUCAACACCAAGAGAUCCAAGAGUGAGGUGGCACUCAACAACAACAUUGAUCAAGGUGAUGAGAUCCCACUCGAGUUGAUCAACUCCUACACAAACAUCUGCUUCUCAAAGCUUGAGAAAUCGAUUCGCAAUGCAUCCAAGAGACGAUUCUCAAUUGUCAAUGCACUGGAUUUCAUCAAACAACCCAAGUCUAUUGAAACGAGAUACAUGUUCAAUCAAUUCAUUGACCAACUGAUCAAGUGGAUUGCAAAGAUGUUCCAACAACAAGGUGACACAUUACUAAGGAUGAUCGAACGCGAGUGUAAAUCAAUGUGGAUACAGUGUGAAUCAGUAUGGCGGAAGUACUCUACAGGAAAAGAUAAGCCUAAUGUCAUUGGCAUUUACAAUCUAAAUCUUGAUUCAAAGCACGUUCUGAAUCUAUACAUAUCAAAACUUUCCAUUGCAAUGGACGAGAUAAUUGGCAAGAUUCCAGAAGAUAUCAAGACUGUGCUGGCGCUGGAGCCAAGCAAGAAGAGAAUGAUAUUGGUUCAGAAGUCCAUCGAUGAGUUGAAUAAAAAUGACAAGCCAACCAGAUUCCAUCUCGAAAUGAAGCAUAUCUAUGAAAGCAUCAUCAUCGAGAAUGUGGUCAACCCGAUCGAGAUGUCUGUGUCUCAAGUCACAGGUUGA